AUGGCCUGCGCGGUCAAGAUCCCCGAUCUUUUGAACCCAUCUGAUUCCGUGGAUUCCCCUUCUCGCCGGAAGAUGAGCGUGGACAGUCUCCUGAACCCAUUGCCGAGUCUCGCGGAAAGCGAAAUUCGGAGUGGACAACGAACAGAUCUCCCAGAGACUUUUUCGCCUUCCGAUCAAGCAGAGACAAUGAUGGCGAGACCACAUCUCUGUCCGGAUCAGGGACAAGCCAUCACCGUCCUCGAUACAGCCGGGACUGAAUCGAGUGGAUGUCCUCUGGCUCUCAAGGUGCUCACCCAACCAUGGUCACCAACCGUCCAUGCGACCCCGUCAAUCAAUCAACCAGACUCCCCACCAACCAUCUCCCAGACAUGCAAUACGGAGGAGGCAUUGCCUGUGUCUGUUGACAAGACUGAUGGACCGGUCGAUCGUCGAUCAUCGCCACAUCGUCACGACCUACCCAAAGGCACGCCACCCAAAGGCACGCCACCCAAAGGCACGUCACCCAAAGGCACCACCGGAACUACCAUCAUCCAGACACCAGGUGGGAUUGACCAGGGGCGAGAGAUAGUGUUCCAGUUGGCUCUGUCCACCGAGCAAAGCCCUCCUCUCGUACCUGUGCCGAGCACCGUCACGACUAAGUCACAGGCCGGGGCGAAAAGACGCAAUGCCGAUGCAGCGGCGCGAUAUCGAGCCCGGAAGAAAAUGAAAGACACGCCGGCGGAAGUUGCAGCAACGGCCCAAGCUGGCACUGGCAACAAGAAUGACCUGUCACUGGAAUGUUGA